AUGUAUGCAGAUAGCCUAGCAUCGCGUGGAAGGAUUCUAGAAGAUGGAUUGUUAAGUUUGUGCACAUAUGUAUUAAUUGAACGUGUAAGGUACUACUGGAGGAGUACAGCAUUUUUGGACGGUUUUAGUACGCCGUCUCAUGUUUUGGCCGUUGGGGAUAUGGUCCGCUAG